AGCUGUCAAUGUCAAUGUCAAAUUGUAAAUUUCUGGUUGCAGUUGUUGUUUACUACCAUAAAAAUAAUUUAAUUUGAAAAUAUUUCUAUUUUGUGUGCUGCGAUAUCCUUGCCGAUAAUAUGCUGGGCUAUACGAACGCUGGAAUACCUGAUAAGUCAUGGCAGCCACCCGUAGCUGUUAUCGAGACCACGAUGGGUGUGAUCUCCGUCGAGAUGUACUGGAAGCACGCACCAAUAACAUGCAGGAACUUCAUGGAACUAACUAGACGAGGUUACUACAAUAACACCAAGUUCCACAGAAUUAUACGUGACUUCAUGAUACAGGGUGGUGACCCAAGUGGGACAGGGAAAGGAGGCCAGUCAAUAUAUGGUACAUACUUUGAUGAUGAGAUCAGUAAUGACCUGAAGCAUACAGGUGCUGGUGUGUUGUCUAUGGCCAAUGCUGGCCCGGAUACUAAUGGCUCACAAUUCUUUAUAACUCUAGCUCCCACUCAGUGGCUUGAUGGAAAGCAUACAAUAUUUGGCCGAGUUCAGAGUGGAAUGAACAUUGUAAAGCGCAUUGGGCUAGUGGAGUGCGAUAGAAAUGACACCCCAGUUGAUGACAUUCGAAUUGUAAAAGCCUACAUACCUAAAUAGUAUUAAUGUAUAGUGAAGUAUUUGUCAUGUGAAAUUGUGGUAAAGUUCUGCAUUAAACAUAUCUAGUGUGUAUGAUAAUAAUAAUAAUGAAUGCCA